CAUAAAGUCCUCUUCAGACAGACAGCGGUCCACAACCUCAACCACCGUCUCUAAUCAUGUCUCUAGAAACAACCCCUCUCUUCCAUUUGAAAACUGGUCUCCAACCUAGCCGCCGGUUCAUUCCCUCCAUUCCCGGUCUAUCAUCGGCUCACCACCACCGGAUUCCACUUCAUUUCCAGGUUUCUCAGUCUUUUCGCGCUAAAAAAACAAUUAAGCCCACAGAAACUAAAAUUCCCGCGGUUUUGGAGCACGGAACUGCGGUGACUGAGAAGCAACCUGACCCGCCAGUGAGAAUAGUCACCAUUGUUGGCGCAGGAAGCAUCAGCCCUUUAAAACGCACUCCUUGGGAAGAGGUCAUGCUCCAUACUGCAAAAAGAUUGAAGUGGGUUGAUGAAGGAUAUGAUAUGCUGGUGUUUACUGAUGACUUGUAUCAAUCCAAGGAUCAAACCGAGAUUCUACUAAAGGCAUUGAGCUGUGCAGAUAUAUUGCUGAUAGUGGCAGUUACGGAUCAAGAAUCAGUCAAGUGGAUUGAAACCGAAAGCAAAAAUGUUCCAAACAUUGUAUGCUUUGACUCAUCUCCGAAUCUAGUGAACAAAUUAGGAGGAUCUUAUGUUCAGAAUGAGACCAGUGGGACCUUAUUUGCAAAAACAUUUGGAAUUUCACCAUCGAAGAAAGCCAGUGAUUCUAUGGAUGUAGUGCAGACUGUAUCAGACGCAUGGAAGCGACAUAAUUCGGAUGACAUCAGGUUCUGCUUGUUGAUAAUAAUCAAUGCUUAUAUAAGACCUGUACCAAUCCUAAAGAACCUGAGAUCAAAAGGGUUUUCCACCUUGAACUGCAUGGUCAAGAAUUGUGGGCCUCAGAUAUUAAAUUGUCUAUUGGAUCCUGACUGCAGGAAAGCUCUUCAAUGCUUGAACAAAUGCAGCCCAGUCGAUCAGGUGUGUAAUUAUAGAUGUAUUGCUUCUUACGAAAGUCCAAACCUGGAAGCAUUUUCUCUUUGUGUGCUGCAGAAGAACAAUUGUCUUGAAUUGGAUGCGAAGAUCCCUGAAAAACCUUUUGUGCCUCCCAUGGCCAGGUUUCGAGGGGAGGACUUAAGUCAUGAAACUGCAGAGGAUCUUUUUGUGGGUUGGUUGGGGAGUCUGGACUGGAGUUGGCGGGUAAUUGCAGGACAGAACCCGGCUUAUGAUCAAUUUCCAUGCCAGUACCAGUUGUUCUACAGAGGAAAGGCGAAAGGUUCAUUUUGGUACGAGCCAGUUUUCCAAGUUAAAACUCUAGAGGGUAAGGUAGUUUGGAGGAGAAGGAAGUAUCGUGUCAAAAGAGGCAAAAUUCCUGGAACAUUUUACUUCAGUGUAUUGGACAAUGGUGUUGUUUCCAAUGAGUGUUGGACGAUUGUGGACGUCUCUGAUGAUUUUAGUUGGGGUCUGUUUCAUUACAAUGGGGCUGCUCGAGUUGCAGGACAGGCAUAUACAGGAGCAGUGCUUGUUAGUCCAGAUGGAGCCUACCCAGAUGAAAAGGAGAGCAAGAGACUUGCUUCUGCCUUGGAAAAAUGUGGAAUAAAAGAAUGGGAGCUAUUUACAGUUGACAAUUGUUCAUGCCAAGAUCCUCCGCUAGGACUUCCAGAGGGCUCAAGUUUGCAUUCUGCAAUUGAUGUUAAAGACCAGAAAUGGACCUCCACAUAGUUAUGCCUGGAAGUUUUGAUUUCAACCUUUGAUUCAACGGCAAUUGGACCUGGAUGGGUCAUAAACUUAUGAGUGCAGCAACAUUAGGUAGAUGAGGUAACUCAUCUGCAGAUUGGUGAGUAUAGUGUAGUUGUGAAGAUGGAAUUUGCAAUUGAAAGAUCACGUAAGAACUGGUGAUAGUGUAUAAUAUGGUGCAAAAAUAAAUAAAAGCAAGUCUAAUUGCAAUAUUCUUUCAUAAGUAA